CGCGGAUUAUCUUCUUCAGUGAGUGAAACUCUAGACGAGACUGUGCUGCUUGCGGUGGCGUUUUAUCGCUUCAUCUUCUGUGGCCAGUCUGUAACCGAUAGAUCGACGAAGUCACAACCAAGACGAUACCGCAGACGUGCUCAUUCGACCCACGACAAAAAGCACAGGAUAUGACAAUCUCUAAAACUGAAGUCUUUUCCGAUGCUGGCCUGGAAAAGUAAAAGCUCUCCGACAGACGAGUCGCGGCACAUGCUCACCAUGGCCACAUUGCUGUGUCUCUUCUUCUCUUUGCUUGGCCUGGCUGUCAUGGGAUCCGUGAAGAACUGCCAUCCACAGUGUCGGUGUGAAGUGGAGAGCUUUGGCCUCUUUGACAGUUUCAGCCUUACCAAAGUGGACUGCAGUGGAAUUGGCCCUGGGAACGCUCCUGUCCCCAUCCCUCUGGACACAUCCCAUCUCGACCUCUCCUUAAACUCCAUCACCUCCAUCAGCGACUCGAUGCUCUCAGGACCAGGUUACACCACCUUGGUUAGUCUGGACCUGAGCGGCAAUCUCAUUUCACAUGUCAGUCCCAAAGCGUUCUCCAAACUUCGCUACCUCGAGACGUUGGACCUGAGCCACAACGCGCUUGAGGAUCUCGCCGACGGCUGCUUCAUCGGACUCCCUCUGGUUGAGCUGGACCUGAGUGAAAACCGAUUCAAAGAGUUCAGUCUUGAUCUCUUCACCACCAGAGCACAGGAUGUACCAAUCAUGGUGGACCUGUCACGAAACCUUCUUACCUCCGUUUCCAGGAAGACCCCUGGCCAUCCAUUGAACAUCAAGAGUCUUAUGCUGGCAGGGAACCAAUUGAAGAAGGUGCCGAUACUUAACGGGAUCCCACUUCAGUAUCUGAACCUGGACGGGAAUCUCAUCUCCAGCAUUGAUGCAGGGGCCUUUGAUUCGAUGACAGAGCUGGUUCACCUGUCUCUUAGCAGCCUGUCUGACCUGACCCUCAUCCAACCAGGUGCUUUUAGAGGUUUGAAGAACCUUCAGGUCUUAGACUUGUCAAACAACAGCCGGCUCAAGACGUUGAGCCCGGAUGUAUUUAGUGGACUCGUCUCUUUACAAGAGCUCAAUUUGUCCAAUACUCCUGUCACACCAUUAUCAAGGACCGUCUUUACACAGAUGCCAAGCAUAAAGAGCAUAACUUUAGGUCCAAACGUGCAUUGCUGGAAGACACACAAGCAAGGACAGUUUCACAGACAGAUUGGACAAGCCAAACCUAAUGAUAUACUUACCUGUGACAACGCAGGAAUGAUCUUAUGAGCCUGAAGUGCCAGGAAAGACUCCUUUUCUCAUCUCUGUGCCUUGUUUGUAUCUCAUAAGAUCUUUUAUUUUUUGUAAUUCAAGAUCGCAUCAUAUUUGCACAUACUAUGCCAACUAAGGUCCAUUAUUUUACAUGUGUUCAUCACAUUUAAGCACGCACAGUACAUCACAAUGACUCAUGCACUUUAGUUACCACAUUUCUGUUCUUCUACUUAAUAUGUAACCUGAGAUUUGCGGUGUGAUGUCAGCUCUGAUGUGAUGUUUUUUUGUUAAACACUAACAGUCUUAAAUGUUUGUAACAAACACUUUGUACAAACACACCAGUGUCGCAUGUCAAUUUAGAAGUCGUGGUGCCUUAAAUUGUAAUUCAUUUAGUAGUAAGUAUUUUGGAAUUAUAUGUUUCUAAUGUUUGGAUGCCCCCUUAUGAUCAAUUUUAAAUGACUGAUGGGCAAUAAAAUUUGGCGCGUUUAAUUUAGGUGUUUUACAUGGUUUAAAAUGGGGCAUUUUUGACUGAAGCACAAAGGAUAAAA